AUGGCAGCACCUCUUGGCCCUCUGUCUGAUCCAGGGGCAGAAAUCAGCCUCCUGGAAAUCAACCAGGAGCUUCAAUCCCAGCUGGAAAAAAGCCAGCAGGACUUCCGAGACCUCAAGGAGAAAUUCCUGAUAUCCGAAGCUACUGCCUACUUCCUGGCCAACCAGCUGCAGAAAUACAAGUGUGAAGAGUCCACCGACAUCAUCGAAUCCGUGCUGGGGGAGAAGGUGCGGUUUGAGAAGGGGAAGCGGGCAGACACGGUGGCUGAGAACCUCAGCAUGGAGCAGCAGGAAGUGGAAAAGAAGGAAAUCCUACAGGACAAAGUGGAUGAGUGUGUUUUGACUCCUUCAACUCUGCAAGAAGGUAGUGAGAGCGACCAGUCCUACAGUGAUGGCGAAUUCCCAUUAGAUGAACAGGAAUUCGGCUCUGCUCUGGAUUUAGCCUGUGAAUGCUCCCACACCCAAGGGGAUGGAACUCGGUGUGGUCCCUCAGAAAACCGAAUUGAUCAGGAGGGGCUGAAAGGACAAGAGUCAGCUGCCCCCAGGAGCACCGCCAUCUUCCUACCUGAGGAACUGGAAGUCUGUUCCUCUCUGGAAGCGACCAGUGAGUACUCCAUUGUCCAGGUGAUCAAGCUCCACCUGGACACCCACAAAGAUCUCCUCUUCUUUGUUGGCUUGUCUUCCUAA